UCUGCCCCACAGCCGGAUGCCUGGAAGGUUUACGUGUCCAAAGGCACCACCGUCACACGCAGAAAGACCUUCAAGGAAGUGGCCAAUGCCGUCAAGAUCUCGGCCAAGCUGAUGGGACAAGUGAUGGCUCGGAGGGUGAAGGCCACCAUCCUCUACGCCACCGAGACUGGGAAAUCCCGGACUUACGCUUGGAAUCUGUGCCAGCUCUUCCGACGAGCGUUUGAUCCCAAGGUGCUGUGCAUGGAUGAGUAUGACGUGGUGGCCCUGGAGCACGAGACCCUGGUCCUGGUGGUCACCAGCACGUUUGGGAACGGGGACCCUCCAGAAUGCGCCGAGAGCUUCUCCAAGGCACUGAUGGAGAUGACAUCGCCAUACACCGGCACCUCCCAGGCGGAGCCGCCCAUGAGCUACAAGCUGCGGUUCAACAGUGUUUCCCAGUCCGACCAGCUUGUGGCCUCCUGGAAGAAGAAGCGGAGGCAGCUGAGCAACACAGACAGUGCUGGGACCCUGGGAGCCCUGCGGUUCGCGGUGUUCGGGCUGGGGUCCCGGGCAUACCCCCACUUCUGCGCCUUCGCACGGGCCGUGGACACGCGGCUGGAGGAGCUGGGGGGGGAGCGGGUGCUGCCCCUGGGCGAGGGCGACGAGCUGUGUGCCCAGGAGGAGUCAUUCCGCACGUGGGCACGUCAGGUGUUCCAGGCUGCCUGUGAGACCUUCUGCGUGGGGGAUGGGAUGGGGGCGGGCGAGGAGCUGUUCGCCCCCCCCCAGGGCUGGAAGCGGCAGAGGCACCGGCUGGUGCCACAGCCCCAGGCCACCGAGAUCCUGGCUGGUACUGACCCCCCAGCACCCCCCUGGCACCCCCAGGACCCUCUAACCCUCUGCGGGUCCCCUCCCGGACCACGCUGGGUGCUGCAGCCGCGGCUGCCCCCCUGCACCCUGGCCCAGGCUCUCACCUUCUACCUGGACGUGGCGGCCCCCCCGACCCCGCAGUUCCUGCAGCUCCUGAGCUCGCUGGCGCGGGACCCCGCGGAGCGGGAACGGCUCCAGAACCUGGCGCAGGACGCGCGGCUGUACGAGGAGUGGAAGUGGUUCCGGUGCCCGACGUUGCCGGAGGUGCUGGCCGAGUUCCCGUCCGUCGCUCUGCCGGCCGCGCUGCUGCUCUCCCAGCUCCCGCUGCUCCAGCCCCGCUACUACUCCAUCAGCUCCGCGCCCGGCGCCCACCCGGGCGAGAUCCACCUCACCGUGGCCGUCGUCACCUACCACAGCGAGAACGGGCAGGGCCCUCUCCACUACGGCGUCUGCUCCACGUGGCUGGCGCGGCUGCAGCCGGGGGACACGGUGCCCGCCUUCAUCCGGGGGGCCCCCUCGUUCCGGCUGCCACCCGCCCCCGACACCCCCUGCAUCCUCGUGGGCCCCGGCACCGGCGUCGCGCCUUUCCGGAGCUUCUGGCAGCACCGGCUGCACCUCCUGCACACCGAGGGCGUGUCCCUGGGCCCCAUGGUGCUGGUGUUUGGGUGCCGCUCGUCCGCCCUGGACCACAUCUAUCGCGAGGAGAUGGAGCAGGCACGGGAGCAGGGGGCCCUCAGCCAGGUGCUCACGGCCUUCUCCCGUCAGCCGGGCACCCCCAAGACGUACGUGCAGGAUGUGCUGCGGGCACAGCUGGCAGCUGAGGUGCACCAGGUGCUGUGCCAGCGCGGGGGCCACAUGUACGUGUGCGGGGACGUCACCAUGGCCACCGAGGUGCUGCAGACCGUGCAGCACAUCCUCGCCCAGGAAGGAGACAUGACGCUGGGACAGGCGGGGGACGUCAUCAGUGAGCUGAGGGACAAGAACCUCUACCACGAGGACAUCUUCGGCCUGACGUUCCGCACGCAGGAGGUGGCCCUGCGCAUCCGCAGCCAGUCCUUCUCCCUGCAGGAGCGGCGCCCGCCGGGCCCAGCGCCCUGA